AUGGAAAACUUCCAGUACAGCAUCCAGCUGAGUGACCAGGACUGGGCUGAGUUUUCGGCCGCAACGGAGGAGUGUGGCCUCCUGCAGGCCAGCCUGGCCUCUGGGGAUGAGCUCUUGUCCAGUGACAUUGACCAAGGGGACAGCAGUGGCAGCAGUCCUCCUGGGCCUCCACCCCUUCUCGAGGGGCAGCCAGCUUCCAGGGGGAGGGGCUGGCCUGGCUUCAAGGAGGAGGACAAGGCAGCUACCCGGUCGCUGGUCAGCAGGUCUUGGCGUGAGCCUGUCUUGGCCCUGGGGGCCGAUCAGCAGAUGCCUAGCACGUCUGCACGGUCAGAAGCUUUGCUGUCCCUCAGAUCUGACGCUGCCCCCCUAGGCCAGAGCUUGUCCCUUCUAGGGCCAGUGUCUUCCAGAGACAAGAUGCAGAGGCUUCUGCAGGGGCCAGCCCCCCAGGGCCCUGCCCCUAGUCCGCCUGGUGAGCCUCCUCAGAGCUCUGAGUCUCCUGGCUCCAGCAUAGCUCCGCAGAGCCCCCCUGGAAGCCCUGGAGCCCCGCCAUGCAGCCCUAGACGAAAGAAGAGGCGUGCUGCUGGAGCCAAGGGGGGUGGGUGCUUGAGUACCCCAGGCUCUGCUCCCACCCAGCAGGGUUCCCUCCCCAAGGAGGGCCUUGACGUGGCUGGGUCCAGGGGGAAGGGUCUCUCAGCUGGGACAGCAGAGCAGACAGCAGGAACCGGGCAGGAUGCACUGUGUCCAGAGUCUGCAGGAGCCCCUGCGCAGGUAACCAGGCAAGGAACAGAUCCAGAUCUGUCUACACCUGUCCCUGCGACCAAGGAAGGUACAGACCUACUCAGCAUGACCCCCGGAGCUGAGCUACACACUGUGUCCACAUCUGCCCAGGAGACUCAUCCAGAUAUCUCAAUGGCUAAGUCAGAUGCGGCUUUGUCUACACCUGCCUCCAAGCUUCAACCUGACACACCUCUGUCUACACCUGCCUCCAAGUCUAAACUGGACACAGACCUGCCUAUGCUAGGCCCAGUGGUUAAGCAGGAGGUGGAUUUAUCUACACUUGUUCUGCCUCACCUUGUUUCCAAGGCCCAAUCUGACGUGGGUGUGUCUACACCUGCUCCCAUUCCCCAGGCGGGGCCUGACAUGGUGAAGGUGGAGGUUGCCCCAAUGGCCAAGUCAUGUUUGAGCCCUAUUGUGUCUCCAGGAGGACACCGAGAGAAGCCCAGAGAGGAGCCUUCAGCAGGUGCCGCUGGACAUCACUCAGGGGAGCCCCCACUAGGCCCUGUCCAAGCACCCAAGAAGAAGAAAGUGCGAUUUUCCAUGGCUGUGCCCAGCCCUGAGGAGCCAGGUUCAGGAGAGACCUCAGGCCCACCUUCGCCAGCCACAGCCCAGCCCUCACCCCCCAGGACAGCAGUGGGGGGCCGAGGGGGGCCUGGAGGCUGGGACGCCAUGGCAGUUGGGCCCCGGUCUCCCCAGCCUCGGAUCCUCAAACACCUGCCUCCCCCUUCCCCCGCUGCUUCAGUGGGGCCCAGGUCCAGGAGCAGCUUUGCAGUGACCCUCCCAGAGGCCUAUGAGUUCUUUUUUUGUGACACUAUUGAGGAGGAAGAUGAGGAUGCUGAGGAGGUGGCAGAAGCUGACCAGGCCCUGGCCGAAGUACAGUGGCCAGACAUGUGUGAAUUCUUCUUCCGGGACCGUCAAGCCCAGAGGUCUGGGCACUGGGGGGGCCACUCUGUGGCCCAACCCCCACAGGCUGAGCCGGUGCCAACCCUUCCACCUGGAGACCCUGUGCCCAUCUCCAUCCCCGAGGCCUAUGAACACUUCCUCGGGGAGGACUCGUCGGGGGGCAUGCUGGAGCUGGCUGCCCUUCUCCAGCUACAGGCCACGGAGCCCCCCGGCUUGGUCCCCUGGGGCAUGGGGCCUGGCACCCCACCAGAGCCUACCCCAGACACAGCGGAGCAGUGCAGUCGGGCAGUCAGGCAAGCAGGGGAGCCCCGAGGUCCUCUCAUCUCAUUUACCUUCAGCCAGAAUGAUAUGUGCCUGGUGUUUGUGGCCUUUGCCACCUGGGCUGUGAGAACAUUAGACCUGCAUACCCCAGAUGCCUGGAAAACAGUCUUGUUGGCCAACAUUGGUACCUUCUCCGCCAUCCACUACUUCCGCCGGCAGAUGGGGCAGGGACGCCCGAGCCGCAGCCGCAGCCGCAGCCCCAGCCCCAGACGCAACCUGAGCUCUUAG